GGAACUGGACGCACCACACACAUACUGGGGCUGUCGUGACGCGAGGCGCGCAUUUCGUAAAAUUUCAGGAACAUUUUUCCGCGCCCACCCUUUAGCGCAAGUGUGUGUAAAGUUUGUUUUUUUGCUUGCUUUUGGGACCUUUAGGCACACGGUUUUCGGUGCGGUGAAAAUAUGAACGUUGCGAAAAGCGAUCGCCCAUUUACGGCAAAAUUUCCGCAAACUCCCGAAAAUGGUGAUGAAGUGCUGAUACGCGGAAAGCUGUGCGACGAUGCAAGAAACUUUUCCGUGAAUUUCUGCCUGCCACGGCCACCGCAUUUUAUGCCGCACCAGACGCCCGCGUACAUUGCGUACCAUUUUAAAACGAUUUACGACGAGAACGGCGAAAGCCGCGUGGUGCAGAACUGGAAGAACGUGCAGUGGCAGCAGGAGCAAGUUUCCGAUAAUCACUGGCACGAGGAUCGCAGCGAAACGUUUCGCAUGAUAUUCCGACUGCACGAAGACACUAUCAAGAUGUUCCGCGACAGUGUGGACCACCCGCCGGAUUACGAAUUUGCGGUGCAGUUGCCGCUCAAUCAGAUCGAAUCGAUCGAGCUGUGGGAUGGUGUGGAGAGCGUCGAAGAGAUUUCAUUCCGGUACGAUAACAGAAACGCGUACUAACAUUAAACACUUGCGGUCUUCAUACACGAGGUGAAGGGAAACCGGCUCAUCGAUCGUGACAUCAAAACUUUGAUCAUCUCCCCGCACUGCCCGAUUACGCACCGCUUAGGGUGGUGAAUCCACCAUUCGCUAGGCAGCUAUUUCAUCGCCAGCACGAAUAGUUUCUAGUCGUCUAGUCAUCGAUAAACUACGAGUACACCGUAUUGCGACAACAAACAAAACUUAUGCACCGUUUCUCGGAAGUGCCUUAACAUUUUCAAAACAGUGCGUGCGCGUCAUGGUCACAGUGAGGAAGCAUUCUAUUUCGUUAUCUGCUGACAACCGCACCGCGCACGGCGUCAGCAUCGGAAUCAAUCGGUGUGGUGCUAGUUACCCAUAAGUUUAAGAGCUGAACCUGUGAGCGCUGCAAUUGUGUUGUAUUUUAUCAGCUGCUAUCAGUUGGCUUAAGCACUUCUCUGUGCACAUCUACCUUUACGACACGGUUGGGGACAGACAAAUCACGGACAGAACUCCGUGUAAUGAACACCAUUUAACGACAAAUAAAAUUUAAUUAUUUUCUGCCUUUACUU